AGAGCGAUCAACAUGACCCAUGCAGAUCCGUUGGCAGGCGCCGCCUCCAUGGCACCGCCGGUGCGCAUGCGAGACCAUCGCCGCAGUCUUCAUGCAGAGCUGGAGCUGAUCCAAGACGAAAAGAACGACACUGUGGAAUCCUUUGCAGCCAAAAAGUGGAGCGAAAUAUUCCGCCUGCAUCUCCUCCUGACAAAAUCCAAGCGCUUCCAGCACCUCACCCUUGGUGCGUUGUACGAGCACCUCUAUCGAGCGUUUCCGCAUCAAAUGGUGACCAAACCUCGCCUCAUUGGCGUGUUGCGCACCAUUUGCGGCAUUGACGCCACCAAGUUCACUUCCAUGGACGGCGAGUCCAAAGCGUUGGUGAAACACUUGGAAGGACUGCACUACUGCUUUGAAUCGACCAACACACAGACGUCCACAUCGACUUCCAAGCUCACUAUCGAUUCGUCCACGUUGCACAUGAAUUGGCGCCUCUUGCUCUUGUCGCUCAAAUUGCUUCGAGAACCGAUGCUGCCUGAGUCGGCGUAUUUUUGGUUUGGCUUUCAACUGUUUAGUUCCCCAGGGCUGCUGGACGACUCUCCCCACCUUUGGAUCACACGUCACGACCUGUACAACAUUUUCAACUUUGCCGCCAGCAGCCACGUUUGUUGUCGCGUGAUCAACCAGCGGAUUGCUCAAGCCGACAAUGCCUUGCCCCAAUCCGUGCUGAUUCGAUCGCAAAUCCAGUACGAACACUUUUGCCAACUCCAAGACCACCCGGUGCUGCACGAAGUGUUUGAGACGGCCACGCAAUGCACGACGUACUUCAUCGAGCUCAUGUCCCCGCAGAUUCGGCACUUUGUCUUUCAAAGGCGAAAAUUCGACAAAGAUCGCUCCAAGUGUCGGAAAUUUCUGUCGUAUUACCACACAAAGUCCCUUCGCCUUUACUGGGCGUUGUGGCUAGACCAAGUGCAGUAUCGUCGCCACGCCCGACGCACGGUCCUCCGCGCGAUGGACCAAAUCGCCAUGAGUUCUCGUUUUCAAGCCUUUGACAAGCUUCGACAGCAUGCGCUGCGACUCGUGGCAGCCACAGAAAUCCAACGCGUUUACCGUGGCAUGCGAGGGCGACAGCGCUUCCUCGGUGCCUUCACCACGCUCCAAGCGGUGCUUAGCAUACAACGGCUGUACCGAGAUCGCGGUCAAUUUCUCAAAUUCGUUAAGUUGCUCAAACUCAAAAGCAAACACGCCAUCAAAAUCCAGCGCAUAUAUCGUGGCCGACUUGGCCGCAUCCAAGCGCGCAAGCAACUGCUGGAUUUCUUUGCCACGGAAAUGGCCAAGAUCCAAGCCCAGCGGGACGCGUGUGCCGCCGCCGAUCGUCGAGCGGCCGUCCGUCGCAUUCAGGUCCGUCUGAUGACUAAUCCAAAAGGAUUUGUAUUGUGUGUGGUGCCUCGUAAACGUGUGCUUCAGCGAUGCUACCGCGAGCACAAGACCAAAGUCAUAACCAAACAAGCCGACGCCGACAACUAUGACUACCAGCGCGUGGAAAUGGAAAUGACGCGCAUGCUGCAAGUGGCUGAACGCGCACGGCAAGACCACCGAGCAGCAGUGACGGCCUACUUCGACCAGGUUCGAGAGGAUACGGAAGCAAAGGUGGCUCGCGACACGAUCGACGCACGGGAACGGCACAAAGUGGUGGUCCGUCGGCGGGAACGAGAGUGGGCGGCCAUUUUGGCACAACGCAAAUCCAAGUUGGACGCCGUCUCCACCUCCAAGCGCGAUCGCAAAGCGGCGCGGGAUGUGGAAUGGCGGCAGAAGAUCGAGUCGAGGGCGUUGACUCGUCGCGACAAACUGGUCCAGGUGCUGCUUCGACCCAAUUCCAAAGACGACGACACCCUCAAGACGGCGCUGCUUGUGAAACUGGACGCCAAGUACAAACACAUCAAGGCCAGCUACAAGGCAACGGGCAUUUACAUGGCGUCGGCCGAGAUGCAGGACCGGGCCCAGCACGACGUGCUCUUGGACGAAAUGGAGGCGGAGCGCGCGCGAGCCAGAGAGGAAUGGCGGGUGCUGGAGCUUCAAAUCGCCAAGCAAGAGCAAGACGAUGCCGACAACGAACGGAGGAUGGAGAUCGAGCGAGAAACGAACGAGCGCUUCCGUGCUGCCACGUGCAUUCAACGCGGCGUCAAGGUGUGCUUGGCCCGCAAGUUGCUCCGAAGCAAGGUCGAACGCGCGUUUGAAAAGGUGUACGACGUGCCCACCGGCCAAGUCGUGUACCUCAACACGAGAACCAACGGCAUGUGCCCCAAACCAUCCUGUCUCGGCGCCAAGGACUUGCCCUUGGCGGACAAGUGGUACAUUUGCCCAGACAUUUCAGGCGACGUGUACUACUACAACCCCAAGACCAUGCGCAUGUCGUGGACAAAGCCAGACGCGUGUGUGUUUUGCGACGGCUGCAGCGUCAAGUUUGCCGCCGUGUAUUGUCCGAAUCACAUGAAAGGGCGAUAUAUGGACCCCCUCAAUCUGUGCGCUGCAUGUUAUGACGAGCAAGUCGCCCAAGAUCCAGGCUUGGCAGUGAAUGCAUCGAGCUUUGACGGCGCGACCGUAACCAUCUAA